UGCUGCAUCAGGACUCAACUGUCGGCUGUCGGUGAUGUGAACAGUCAAACAGUAAUGGCGACUGCUGGAACAGCAGACUCGGGAUCAACAGCCCCGACAGAUAUCAGGACUCAGUUCUGGAGGAGAGCGUUGCAGCGAGGGACCAGCAGCAUUCGAAAAAUGGCCCCUGCAGAGAUGCCCGGCUCUUCAGGCACGACUCAGAGCAUGAAGAAGACCAUCGGACACCGGGGCGUUGAGACCACCACGGGAGAGACCACCUACAAGAAGACCACGUCAUCUGCCCUCAAAGGUGCAAUCCAAUUGGGCAUCGCCCACACAGUCGGCAGCUUAAGCCAGAAGGCCGAGAGGGACGUUCUCAUGCAGGACUUUGUGGUGGUCGAAAGCAUCUUCUUCCCCAGUGAAGGCAGUAAUCUGACUCCUGCUCAUCACUACAGCGACUUCCGCUUUAAGACCUACGCUCCAAUCGCCUUCCGUUACUUCAGAGAGCUGUUUGGCAUCCGGCCAGAUGACUACCUGUAUUCUCUGUGUAAUGAGCCGCUGAUUGAGCUGUCGAACCCCGGAGCCAGUGGCUCGCUCUUCUACGUCUCCAGCGACGACGAGUUCAUCAUCAAGACUGUUCAGCACAAAGAGGCCGAGUUUCUCCAGAAACUGCUGCCCGGAUACUUCAUGAAUAUAAACCAAAACAAGCGCACCCUGCUGCCCAAGUUCUACGGACUGUACUGUGUUCAGGCAGGAGGCAAGAACAUCCGCAUCGUAGUGAUGAACAAUCUCCUUCCGCGGAUCAUCCCCAUGCACCUGAAAUACGACCUGAAGGGCUCCACCUAUAAGAGACGAGCCUCCCCGAAGGAGAGAGAAAAGGCUGUUCCCAUUUACAAAGACCUGGACUUUAUCCAAGACUUGCCCGACGGCCUGCUGCUCGAAGCCGACAACUACAAUGCCCUGUGCAAGACUAUACAGAGGGACUGCUUGCUCUUGCAGAGUUUCAAGAUCAUGGACUACAGCCUGUUGAUGGGCAUCCACAACAUGGACCAGGCCAGCCGAGAGCGGGAGCGCGGCGUGGGCAACUCGGGCGACAGCGCCGGGUCGGAGGGCGCAGUGACCCCCGACCAGCGCCGGCCGCAGGCCCAGAAGAGCCUGUACUGCACGGCCAUGGAGUCCAUCCAGGGGGAGGCUCGAGGGAAGGGAGCUUUGGAUUCAGAAGACCACAUGGGGGGUAUUCCAGCUCGUAAUACUAGAGGAGAGAGGCUGCUGAUCUACAUCGGCAUCAUCGACAUCCUCCAGUCCUAUAGGUUUAUUAAGAAGCUGGAGCACUCCUGGAAGGCCUUGGUCCAUGACGGGGACACCGUUUCAGUUCACAGACCCGGUUUCUAUGCAGAACGUUUCCAGCAGUUCAUGUGCAACACAGCGUUCAAGAAAAUUCCACUAAAACCCUCACCCUCUAAGAAGAGCCGUGGUGGAGGUCAAGGAGGCCUCCGGAGGGCGCCCACCCUGGGAGGUCCCACCCCACUCUCCCACGCAACUGGACAGUCGGCCGGAGACUCCAGACUCGUCUACCACCAUCACUUCAAAAGCACAGAGUCGGAGGCUGACAGCGGCGUGCAGUCGGACAGACCGGACCUGGUUCCUCGGACGCCUCCGCUGGCAGACCCGGCUGACUGCGAGGCCAACCUGUCCACCUCAUCGCUCGGCAGCACUGGAAUUGCCUCCACCUCUCCCCCCCUGCGGUCUGUUGGAGUGGAAGUGCACAAGUCUGCAAACACAGACUAUGACCAGGGUCCUUCCCACAGUUUGGGGGCAGAAGGCGCUGUAGAUAAUUCAGGCAACCUGUCUGGAAACGAAGAUGUAGUUUCUCUGUCGGACAUCAUCCCCGAGACCAAUAUCUGUUUUUAAAAAAAACAACAAAAGAAAGAAAGAAAACGGAACUGGUGCCAUCUAAGGACGGCGCUUCCGGACACGGUGAAGAUAAAGAAAGUCGCCCAUCCACUGCAGACCCUGCCGCUGCACCUCUGCUCACCUCUGCAGCGAAUAUAGGACGCUGCCGGAUGAAGCAGAGGAAAGCAACGACGGGAAGACGAAGACGUUGGUGUGGUAGGCUUUAGGCUUUCUUCAGCCAUCAACACUGUCGCUGUGCAUUUGUCCAAACCUGUCCCAAAAGUCUAAUUGAUUCACACCCAGAAAAAAAAAAAUCCCAACGUGGCAGCUUUUUAGUAGCUGUUGCAGCAUUCGUGUCCUGCUGCGAUGACAAAAUUAUGUAUAUUGUAAAAAAAAAAAAAAAGGAAAAAUGAAAAAAAAAAAGCCCCUGUCACCAUCGGAUGGUGAAGGCACUCAGAUUCUCCCACAGUUCACAGCAUGAAGAGAUGUGAGUGGGCAGAAACGCUUCACACACUUAAGAGCACAUGAGGGGCAUCGCCUGCAUAGGAGGAGGAGGAGGAGGAGGAGGGAAUAUUUUCCUGCGUUUCAGUCCAAGUGGGUUCACAUUUCAGUGACUCGCGCUCCGCCGUUCCUGCUAGUGCACACACACAUUUCCCCUCGGCACUCCGAACGAGCCGCAGAAAUCAUUCAGAUCAACACUUUGCUGCUGUCAACUCCGCAAUCAUGUAUGCAUUUCCCUCUUUACUGAUUGUGGAUGUACAGUGUUUUGUUUGCAGAAGAUAAUGUUUUGUUAUAAGUUAUUCUCCUGGAAGCCACAGCGGCGCCGCUCAGAUCUCGCUGCCGCCGCCGCUGCUGAAUGUACAUUACAGUGUUUUGUUUUUUUUUACUUAAAAUGUGUCUUAUUAACAUGGCAGACCACAUUUAUACAACCCAAAAAAAAACGAACAUCCCCCCCCCUCUGAUGUGGCCAUAUGUGCAAACGAAUGCAGAGCGAAGAGCUGUCGGCCAAUAGAUGCUGUUAAAGGAGCGGUAAUAUUUUCAAGUCGCUGUCUGUUCUCUGUCAUGUCCGUGCCUUUUUACAUGUUCGUCCCUCCCCCUCCGACACAUAACUGACGUUUUUACAGGUUCUAGUCAGAAACCUGCCUUAUCACUACAGCUGAGAGUCAUCCAACUGCCAUUUGUACGUCUGGACCAACCAAUCAAAGGAGUCUCAGAUUUUAAACACUAUCUUCUUGUUUCGGUAUGUCGACUGGUGAGCUCGGUUAAUCAUUUUAACUCUCCUGACAGCAGACAGCGAGGAUGUCUGUCUCCUAUUAUUCAUUUCUGCUGGUUACAGAAAUGACACCCGCCCACAUCCACUCUCGGACCAAUAUUACUAACAACGUGUGUAUGAUUUUCUAUUUUCUUUCUCUGUAGUCUUACUCAGCUUUUAUGUGGUUGUUCAUAAAAAAAAGAAAAAAAAAAUCUGCUUCACAAAAAAGGUUUUGUGUUUAUUUUCUUGUUUAGGGCACUAAAACGAGCCGCCGGUGUGGCUGGUAGAAAGGUUGUUUUGUUCUGUUUUAACCCCGUGAGAUAUUUCUGAUGCAGAAAUUUGAAUCACUACCGAGUUACUGUAGCGAGACAUCAUCUCAUUUAAGAAGCACAUGUGGUCUAUGCAGCAGAGAGAGGGAGAGACGGGGGGGAAAUGUGCGUUGUGAAUAUACAGAAAAGUGAGUUAACUCAUCGAAUGCACAGCAGAGGAUUAAGGACUGAGCGGUUUUGUAUUAUAAAACAAGUCGUGGCACCAAAGAGAAGAGCAGCGCAGACGGGCGACGAGUUCCCACGACGGUGACAUUAGACACUCCUGGACGUUAAUCUGAUGUGCACUAUGAGGUAAUAACACUGGGUCGACCCGUGUUUUAAAGUUAUCAAUUAAACUGGACGUGUUUGUGCUAAGCCUCUCAUGAGCUGUGUCCGACACGCAGCUCCUGUCGUUUUCGGUUUACUUUGUAGCCUGACACAUUUCAAAAUCCCAACUCCACAUUCCUGCGUAUUUCAAGUUCAAUUCACUACAAAUGUUGACCACCUUUGCGUCGUUAUUCUGGUAUUUUGCUUAAACGUGAAAUAUCCAUCGUUUCAAGUUGUUAUAAAUUCAGUUGGUUGAGUCAAACAACCAAAGAAAGGAAAAGAAGCACUCCGAGAAUCUCUUUCUGAUUAGAAGGAAAAAAAAAAAAGUCCAGGUCAUGUUUUGCAACACCUGGAUUUACAUAUUUUCUGUUCUCUAAAUGGGUUGGUACUGGUUAAUCGCUGGAUGCAGACCAGUUCCGUCGUAUGUACUUACGCCUUUGGCACAAGAAGAACAUCUUCCUUUGGUGCUUGAAAGGUUGCACAGCACUCAGUAGUAGACACUACAAUAAAUCUGAAGUAAUGCAAUAUGAACCACAAUCUGCCAGAAGUAUAUUUAUUACUGCGACUGAUUGCUGUAGGUUGAAAUGAUUACAGUUGUAUUAUUAGAUGAUUGUAAGUAAACUGUAUACUGACAGAAGGAUGUCUGGAACUUUAUAGCGUGUGUUUGCCUAUAAAGGUGGGACAAUUUGACAAUUUCACUUUUUAUAUUUCAUGUUUAGAUUGUGAUAUGAUAGCUAUAUUCUCUCCAUGAUGAUUCUGGGUUGUUAAUCUCCCAUGCUUUUUCUACAUGAAUGUUUCACACGGCCCGCGAGCCAACGUUGCUGGUUGUCCUAUAUGCUUCGAUUACUAUAUUUUUACUGUGUAUAAAAUGUGUAUAUGUACAUACGAGUCACGGAAAUGCCUUCUCAUGCAAUAUGUGCUGCCUGUCCCUCCUGCCAUGUUUCAGUUAUGUGGUGGUGAUGUUUUCAUGUCUGAUUUUAAAUGAUUAAACAUAUUUUCUAAAUCUUG